AUGAGCGCCCUAUCGGGCGACGCGGUAUCGCUGCCCCUGGCUCCGCUGCAUCGACUUCCGGUCGAAACUAUCAGGCAUAUCGUCGAGAGUAUUGAUGAUGAGCGGACACUCUGGCGGGCGGGCCAUAGACCGGCGUGGCGGGUGCCAUUCAUGGAUAACGACUACAAAACCAUCACGCCGCUAUCUACCCAAGCCCUCCGUACCCGCCGGAAACAGCUGCGCAUAGUAAAUGCUCGAUUCGACCGUCAUAUCCUGGCGUAUCCUCCUACGACGACCCACCUCCGCCGGCUCGCGGUCGAGGUCAAUGACCACGAGGGCGACGCGGGAUGGAGGCAGGUGGAGCGCUUCUGGCCGCAGCUGAAAGAGCUGGAACUUCACAUCGUCGACAAUGGCUGGGGCGACCACGGGCUAUGCGGCCACGAGUACCUCGGGGAGGAUGGACCCCUCGAUUGCCCGAGGGCGAUCGACGGCCGCUAUCCCGCCGAGUGCGGUCGCGUACUGCCCGCGACCCGGUCGCUCACCAAAUUGUCCAUACAGGCGACUGGUGCAGCCCUGCAGUACCUCGCCGAGCUUGCGCGCUCCUUGUACGAUCUACAGGAGCUAUCGCUUGGCAUACACUGGGCAAGCGGCGACUCGCACGCGCGCUCGGUUGACGCAUCGCUCUACGCAAUCGAUGGCCCUGAGGAAUAUCUCCCCCUCUGGCCAAACAUGCAGCGGCUCACUGUCAUCGGCAAUUGCACCUCCAUCAAGGACAUCAUCCACGUCGUCAAACCAUCCUGCCCCAAUCUCUUCCACCUCAUCGUCUACUUCGCCGGUGAUAAGCACUUCGACCCCGACGACAAGGACGAGUUGCAAGCGAUCGGCCUACUCGAGGCUGUCAAUCUCUGCGAGUCGCUCAAAGGUCUCGCUUUUUACGGUCCAUACGUAAACCACCUAUUAUCAUUCAUCACGGUCUGCAGCGGCAGCGGCGAUCCCGUCCGCCACGUGGAGGCCGUCAGGAUGUUGGUCCUAGACGCUACACUCCUGGAGCCUGAUGAUGACCCGUAUCCUCUGUUGGACGUGCCUCGCGACGACAUGCCCGAUUUCUCCCACCUGAGACGCGUGUCAUGGAUCGUACCGCCGGAAAGUCGACUGGAGGGGAGAGUAUGGGCUGUCGCCGACUGGAGCGCCUCGGAACCCUCUAUAUACGACCACAUCGGCGCUCACCUGCGGAAGCUCUUCCUCUUUUACGGCGCCCUCAAGCAAGUCCAAUGGGUUGCUGGGUAUCCCAAAGAUCCCUUCGCCCUGGAUACCCCAGCCAAUCGGAUCGCACAGAACGUCAUCUACGUCGUGGAUCGGCCGGAAACAAUGGAUGGGAAGCUGGGACCCCUCGAGCUGCAGAGAACGAGGCCAGGAUGA